GGUCUAGUUUUCGGCUGCCCGAGUGUUUUGCAUCGUUGCGUGAGCGCAGCUGGGUUCCCCAGGUCCGGUCGACAUACGCCAGCGCCAGGCCAACAGCAGGAAAAACCUGAAAAACACACGUUUUCGCUCCGCGGGCGACUCGCAAACAAAACACCAUAGCAACAGGAAGUGUCGUGUAACCGUGGUAGCAGCAGCAGGUUUCCGUGGACUUGUUUGUCCAGCAGAUCGUGACGGACGCAACGCGAAACAACAAUAUGGCCUCCAGCAUCGGAACGGUUUCGACGGGAUCGAAGAAGACAACGACGACGGCCACGGGCCAGACGGCGUCGACAGCACGCAAAAAGUCCGGGCCCAAGUUUGAGCUGUCGGACGAGCAGCGUCAGGACAUUAAGGAGGCGUUCGAUUUGUUUGAUUCCGAAGGAACUGGCAUGAUUGAUACGAAGGAGCUGAAGGUGGCCAUCCGGGCGCUUGGAUUUGAGCCGAAAAAGGAGGAGAUCAAGAAGAUGAUUGCGGAAAUCGACAAGGACGGCACCGGGAAGAUUUCGUUCGAGGACUUUCUGUCGCUGAUGACGGUCAAAAUGGCCGAAAAGGACUCGAAGGAGGAAAUCCUGAAGGCGUUCCGGCUGUUUGACGACGACGAAACGGGCACCAUUUCGUUCAAGAAUCUUAAACGGGUUGCCAAAGAGCUCGGCGAGAAUCUCACCGACGAGGAGCUGCAGGAAAUGAUUGACGAGGCGGACCGCGACGGCGACGGCGAGGUCAACCAGGAAGAGUUCCUACGGAUCAUGAAGAAGACGAGCCUCUACUAAAAACAUAACACAUAUUCUUUCCAGUACCUUUUAAGUAGCCGCGGCGCGCCACAGAAAAUGCAUUUUACGCUAAACUAGCAAACUUUUGCUCUCGAUACAAUAGAGAAAUACAAAUAAGUUACUUAAGCUAACAAAAACACAAAACAUUUGAUGCACUGUCGUACAGAAAUAUAUUAUUUACUAAGAAAUACCUAAUAAAUACACACAGCCACAACCAGUGAUGCACUGUUAUUGAA